AUGGGUUUGGUGUCUAUAAUGUAUUAAUUAUUAUUAUUAAAAACGACCACGGUUUCAGUCGGUAGGAACAUAUAAAACAGUGGAGCUAAGUUGCCGUACGGACUCAUUUAACAAAUGGAUCAAAACAGGAAACGGCGGUAAACAAUGUCGAGGCGAAGCUCAUCUGAUCCCUCGGACCGGUUUGAAUAUCUUCAGACUCUGGUCACCGAGUUUCAGGACACAGACAGUGACGAGGCGAAGGAGCAGGUGUUGGCCAACCUGGCCAACUUUGCGUACGACCCGAGUAACAUGGAGCAUCUGAGGGAGCUGCAAGUGGCCGACCUUUUCCUGGACGUGCUCACCGAGGAGAACGACAACUUUGUGGAGUUUGGGAUGGGGGGACUGUGUAACCUGAGCAUGGAUCCAGAGUCCCGACGAGUCAUCCUGGAGAGCGGAGGGAUCAACUUGGUCACAAACUGUCUGUCGAGCCGGCGCGAGGAGACCGUCCUGUCGGCCAUCACCACACUCAUGAACCUUGUGACGCCGUCGUCCCGCUCGGAGAUCACCGAUCCAGCCAUCCUGCAGUGCAUGCUGCGCUUCUCCCUCUCGCAGAGCCCUCGCCUGCGCGGCCUGGCCGCUGUGUUUCUGCAGGACUGCUGCACCGAGGAACAGGUGGCCCGAGCGCAGCGGCAAAUGCAGGGAGGGCAGACCGCGCUCGGGAUCCCACUGCCUGAGAACUGAGUUGGGACGGAUGAAGUAGGAUAGUGUCCCGAAAAUACGCAUGCAGCCAAACGUCGCACGCUGGUUUCAGUCUGUGCUGGAUAUGUUGGAACCUUCUGCAGGGAUUAGUUCCCAUUCAGACACAACUGCAUCAUGGAGGUCUGGUUCAUCCUGAAGAAGUUGAGGAGCAGAACAGUCAAGUUCUUAUAAUAUUCAAAUAUUUGGAUAUGUACACCGCUCAAUUAUUUAUAUACUGGCUAGUUGUUUGAUGUGAAGGACCAUUCUGCUGAUUUAAGAAUAGAUUUUAAAAGCACAAUUUGAUUUAUUUCUUUUUUAACUGUCUGAAGGUGCACAAAGAACUGACUAAAUCUGACAUGUAAAGUCAGGCUCACAUACUUUCUAUUACCCCACAACAUGUACAUUCCUUUGGCACUGAAGUUAUUUCCUUACACCAGAAUCUUUGUAAAUCGGAUGCCGGAGAACCUUCAAAACAACUGAAUGAUUCUUUGCACUUUCUGGGCGUGCCAUGAAUCCAGCCCCAAAAAUAUGUAAGGAAAAAAAAUCCAAAUGAACCUUGAGGUUCCCUCUUAAGAGCCAAGAGCCCCAUUUGUUUUCUUCAGCGCUAUUUCUGGGCCGAGUCCUUCAGGUCUAGACAGAAGACAUCCGAUCCCGCGGCCCGGUGUUGUUUGGACCGCACAUGUGGACCCAUCUAACUCCAGAGGUAACUCCUUACUGCUGUUAAGAGCCUGUGUGUCUGCGUUACUACUUCCUUUUUUCAAUAGGUGUGCGUGUUUCUCAAUGGCAUUCCAAGGCCCUGAGAGGUGGAAACCUGCCACAAGAUCAAUAAAAAAAAAUAUCCUCAUUCUUCCUGGAAAAAGAGAAACGCCCACAUCUGGUUCUAAUAUUGUGGUAGUGUUUAUUUUAUUAAGGUUUAUUUCCCCUAAAAUCUUUCUGUGUUAUGUAUAUUUAUUCAAUGAUCGUUUGACUUUCAUGAAUGCUUUUUAUUUUCUCAACCAUUUGAUACCACCUUCUUGACUUUUUAAUCACCUUUUCUGACAUUGCAGUGCUUUUGUUUUGCAACUUUCUUUCUGCUUUUCAUGACAUGUUGGUAAGGUUUUUAGUAAGAUCAUUGCAGUUAAAAACCUUAUGGCUUUUCACAGGAUAAAGUCCUGCAAUGCUCUUGUUUGUUCAGUUAUGCAUGGAACGUAUAGUACAUGUUUAUGUUCAUUAUUUACACAUCUACUGGGAGAGGAACCCCGAACCCCACGUUCCCAAAUAUCUCCUUUUGUCCUCCCUGUUGACGUUUUUCUGAGGAUGUCGCAUGUGUACAGAUUUUCAUUUGUUUGACAAUCCUCACCAAAUGGAUUAAUUUCAUUGCACUUUUUCCUCUUACAAACAUUACUCAAACAGGAAUCAUUCAUGCAGCGGAGUCACAUUAAAGAGCGUGCUUAUUGUAAUGGAGAACACACACACUACUCCUUA